AGCGCUGCACGCCUCGGCGGGCGGGUUCCGCGUCCCAGGACCGAAGCGGGUCGGUGCCCCCGUGUAGAGAGAGGGGCGGCCGGGCUCCCUGGACCCGGACGGCCCCCGGCUGGGCAGGAGGCUGGGGCCAGGGCCGGCCAUGUCCGCUCGCGCCCCGGUGCCCGCCGCUGCCCCCGGGAGGACCCGCCCGCCGUGGCCGGCGACCGGGACGCUCUGUUGGCAGCGGCGAGCCGGCGGGCGGAGCAGCCGGCGCCCGGCGAGCGGGAGGGCAAGGAGGCGAGGGAGGAGCGGGCCGCGGCCGCCACCAGCGCGGGGGCGCGGGGAGAGCCGUCGCCGGCGCUCGUGCUGGGACACAGCGUGCCGCAAGCGGCCGUGCCCGUGAGGCCGCUGGCGCUGCACCUGGCACACAAGGCGCGCGCGCCCGGGGGUCCCUUCGGCGGGGAGGCCCCACCGCUGCCACCGCCGCCGCCGCCGCCGCCGCCAGCACCGCGGGACCCUCCCGAGGACGCCCAAGAGGACCCUGCGGCGGCCGGCCCCGAGGACAAGCCGCCGCCGCCGCCGCCAAAGGGGAACCCGUGGACCAAGAAGCUGCCGCAGCACCUGUCCCCCGUGGGCACCGGCGCGCCGCCGCCCGCUCAGGACGCCCCGGAGGCCGAGCUCAGUUCCCCAAAAAUUAUAAAAGCGGGAAAACUCAAGACAAAGAAAUCCAACAAGGCUAGUGACUUCAGUGAUAUGGCAAACUGGCCAACACCAGGUGAAUUAGUGAACACGGGGUCUCAGAAUGUUAUCAGCCAAGGAAAUAAGAAGCCACAAUUCAGAAAAGAAAAAGAAGAGAAGAUUGAAAAAAGAAGCAACAAUGAGAGCAAAGAGAACCGGGAAGCAAAACUAGAUGGUCCUGUUGAGAAUGUCAGCGAGGAUGAGGCUCAGUCAAGCAGCCAGCGGAAGAGAGUGAACUUUGAUUAUUCCUAUGGUUAUCGAGAGCCAGGGGAAAGAACUGAUCAGCCAUUUCCCACAGAGCUGAACACCAGCAUGAUGUAUUACUACGACGAUGGCACAGGGGUGCAGGUCUAUCCUGUGGAUGAAACACUGCUGAAAGAGUACAUUAAGCGCCAAAUUGAGUAUUACUUUAGUACAGAGAACUUGGAACGGGACUUCUUUCUUCGCAGAAAGAUGGAUGAGCAGGGAUUCCUGCCCAUUUCCCUGAUUGCUGGUUUUCACCGUGUGCAAGCUCUCACCACAAACCUUAAUCUCAUCUUGGAGGCACUGAAGGAUAGCACAGAAGUAGAAAUUGUGGAUGAAAAAAUGAGGAAAAAGAUUGAACCAGAAAAAUGGCCAAUCCCAGGCCCUCCUCCUCGAAAUGUGCCACAAACAGACUUCUCUCAGUUGAUUGAUUGUCCGGAGUUCAUACCAGGCCAGGCCUUUGGCUCCCAUACAGAGUCUGCCCCAAACUCUCCAAGAACUGGAAGUCCACUGAGCCCAAAGAAAAAUACUGAAACAAAUACUCUCCGAGUGAUGUCUAGAGGUUUGUCUACCAGCUUACCUGACCUGGACUCAGAACCAUGGGUUGAUGUGAAAGAGAGGCAUCACCCAUCCCCAGGGACAUUAAAGGAAUCAAUAUCUGUACCUGAAGAGACAUCAAAUCAACUAACCUUUCCAGAAGAACCAAAACAAGAAGAACGUGACUUUUUGUUUGAUGAAGAAAUGGAACAGACAGAAAGAAGGAAAAAGACAUUUAAUGUUUGGUCUGAUAAUGAUUCAGAUUAUGAAAUUGAUGACCAAGAUUUAAACAAGAUUUUGAUCGUAACUCAGACACCACCUUAUAUGAGAAAGCACCCUGGAGGAGAUCGAACAGGCACCCAUGCAUCACAAGCAAACAUUACGUCAGAACUUGCUGAAGUGAUUAGUGAUGGCUUGUAUAAUUACUCUGAACAGGACCUGUGGACGGAAAGUGAAAAUACAUGCACAGCCUUAAAGGUAACGAUUUCCGAAAUGACUUCAGCAACAAAGGCUCACACAAUGCCCUCUGCAGUUCCAUCAUCUCUCAGGAUUCAUCCUGUGUGUACUCCUAAAGCACAUCGAAUGACUUGGCCACAAGAUCCUAACAAAACACUGAGAUUUUAUCCUGUAGUCAAAGAGCCAAGUGCCAUCGAUGUAAAGAGUCCACGAAAGAGGAAGACGAGUCACAGCACAAACCCCCCUCUAGAGAGUCACGUUGGGUGGGUGAUGGAUUCCAGGGACCAUGGGCCAAGACCACCCUCUGUCAGCAGUUCAGCUACUUCCCCUUCGGAAGGUGCACCACUUGCAGGAAGCUGCAGCUGCACUCCUCACUCAUUCCCGAAGUUCCAGCAUCCAUCUCAUGAACUGCUGAAGGAGAACGGCUUUACCCACCAAGUGUACCACAAGUAUCGUCGAAGGUGUUUAAGUGAGAGAAAACGCUUGGGAAUUGGACAGUCACAGGAAAUGAACACCCUCUUUCGUUUCUGGUCCUUCUUCCUCAGAGACCACUUCAAUAGGAAAAUGUAUGAGGAAUUUAGACAACUUGCUUGGGAAGAUGCAAAAGAGAAUUACAGGUAUGGGUUAGAAUGUCUUUUCAGGUUUUAUAGUUAUGGACUGGAAAAAAAAUUCAGACAAGAAAUUUUUAAGGAUUUUCAAGAAGAAACCAAAAAAGACUACGAAUCUGGCCAUCUAUAUGGACUGGAAAAAUUUUGGGCCUAUUUGAAAUAUUCUCAAUCUAAGACACAGUCUGUUGACCCAAAACUUCAGGAAUACCUCUGUAGUUUUAAGAAGUUAGAAGACUUCCGUAUUGAUCCCCCUAUGAGUGAAGAAUUUGGAAGAAAAAGACAUUCAUCUGCUUCUGGGGAGGAGAGUAAUCACCAUAGACUCCCACCUCACUCUUCCACACCACCAAGUGCUGCUCAGCCUGCAUCUACCAGUGAACUGCAGGAGAAAGCCACAGGUGCCCAGUGACAACUCACACCAGAACAGUGCUGCCUCGUCCCCUGUGGGUGAAGGGCCAGGGAAGUAGAUGAUCACACGAAAGUGUGUGUCCUGGAAAUCAGCGUUAGCAUCUUCUCAUGUUUAAUUGUGAUAAUCAGAAAACAAAAAGGAAGAAAAAUGGUUGUCUAUUUUUCUAGCAAGAUAAAUUCCACACGUUUACCCUGAUUCCACAAACAAGGUCUCUUUGACCUUAGGAGAUCCUGUAGUAAGGCUCUAUGGCCUCAGGUUUUCUUGAAGGCCAUUAUUUACAAGAACAAAAUUCCUUUAAUACAUUUAAACACGCCCACACAAGGAAUCACUGACAUUUCAACUCAUCCUUCUUACAGAAGAUACACUAUGUUGUAUUCAUCUCUUCUAUAGACCUCUUAAAGAGUCAAAUAGUCCCACUGUCUGUCCAUAUCUGAACAUGUCAAAAGCAAGGAAGAAUUAUGUACAUAGGUUUUAAGUUCAGAAAUGGAUAUGAAAGAUACAUUUUUUCUUGUAUAUACAUAGUUUGAAGGAAAUUUUUUCUUUGUUUUUUAUUUUUCCAAAACAAUGCACAGCAGACUAUAGUUGUGAAGCCUGUGGGCUUCGGAUGUUGCCGAUUUCACAGUGCUAUGUUGAUAUGGAGCUUUCUGAAUUGGCACAAGUUGGGUAUAUAGAUUCAAACAGAUUGACCUUUGUUUUUCUACAAAAACUUGCACAUGUGACAGAAAACAAUUGGGUUCUGUUGGAAUAUUUGUGUAAAGCAAAUAAUUUGUUUUGAAUGUGUCUGCUGUUUAUAUCUGCAAGUGGGUGUGUCAGAGCAGUCGUAUAAUCAUCACCUAACAGAAGCAUUUCGUUGUUUCUUUUUGUUUCUUUUAAUUUUGUUUAUGCCCAUAAUUGUUUUCAAGAGUUGAAACAAAUUGAUUUCUAAUACUUAGUGCUAUUGCAACUGAUGUAAAUAAUAGUUUUAUUUUGUGAAAUUUAAAAAAUAAAUUAUUUUGAAUGAUUUGAA